UUGCUUGCCUGUCAUUAUUUGACAAUACUCAUCCGAAAGAGCAAAAAAAAAAUAGCGUCCUUUCUUGAAGCGGCACAUUUUUGCAACAAAUCGAAUUUACAGAAAAUUACUGUAUUUUAGUGCAGUGCAGCGAUCAAAAUGGAUAUCCGACCAAAUCACACUGUCUACAUUAACAACCUGAACGAGAAAAUCAACAAGGAUGAGCUGAAAAAGUCACUCUACGCUAUUUUCUCCCAGUUCGGUCAAAUCCUCGAUAUCGUCGCGUACAAAACGCUGAAAAUGCGCGGCCAAGCAUUUAUCAUCUUUAAGGAAAUAUCCAGCGCAACGAAUGCGAUGCGUACGAUGCAAGGAUUCCCCUUCUACGAUAAACCGAUGCGCAUCAACUAUUCCAAAUCCGAUAGUGAUAUGAUUGCGAAGCUGAAGGGAACCUUCCAGGAGCGACCGAAGCGCGUGAAGCAACCGAAACCGGUGCAGACGGAGGACAAGAAGGCAAAGAAAUUGAAAAAUGCCGGCGAGGUGGGAGCGACAAACAAUUCGGCCACUGCUGAGCAACCACCGAACCAAAUCCUGUUCCUUACGAACCUGCCGGAGGAAACGAACGAGAUGAUGCUGUCUAUGUUGUUCAAUCAAUUCCCGGGCUUCAAGGAGGUUCGUUUGGUACCGAAUCGGCACGACAUUGCGUUCGUCGAGUUUGCGACGGAACUGCAGAGUGGUGCAGCACGGGAAGCACUGCAGGGAUUCAAGAUUACACCGACCCACGCAAUGAAGAUAUCGUUUGCGAAGAAGUAAAUGCUCUCCGUAUCGUAUAAAAGCCUAACAGGUGAUCUUAUCUUACUACACCAGUGGAUCAUCGGGUGUCGAUGCAGCCACAGGUAAAUUUUAUAAUGUACAAUUGAACAUGAACUGAACUGAUAAACAAUAAACCAUGCAUUAAGCAUUGCACUUCCGCUAUAUCAUGGUAUUGUCGGUUUGGUGAUUGCUUAGAAUAUAAACCGGAAUA